GCGCGAGCCCACUGUGUUCCGUUGACGAGAUUUUUUCCUCUUCUUUGGGCUCGUCCGACGAAACGACGACGGAACACAAUCUCGACCACUUGGAACGGUGGAGCUACAUUUUCUCGGCAUCAAAAACUAACAGAAACCCGGUCCAUCCGGGACCAAAAAAAAAAAAAUAGAGGUCGGUAAGGUUCACCGUGGCAUCCCGUGAGCGAUAAAUGCUGUGCGUUAAUCGGCAGCGGUGUGUUUGAGUGGAGUUGGUGGAGUUUCUUGCCCGAAACGACGGGCCACAACUUGUGUUGUGCGUGUGCUAAUUGCAGAUUGAGUGUGCGUGUGUGUGUGUGUGCAGUGUGAGAGUGUGUGCGUCAAAUUCCUGCCUAUCGAAAGCCUUUUCUCGUGCACCCGAAUAGUGGAGAAGAUUUUUUUUUUGCGGGUGUAGUUGCUGCAAAUCCGCCGGAAUAUCGGUGCAGUGGGUGCCGCUGGCACAGUAAAGCUGGUUCGGGAUUCCUCAUACCGAACCGUUAAUUGUGCGAGAUUAAAGUUCUUUCACUCGUGGCCUCAGGCAGCGGAAUCGUAAGCGCUUACCAAUAGGAGAAUACAAGCACACCGAAAAUAACAUGGUAUGCGCCAAGGACGACCAAACGCUCUGCACCAUCAGAGACGUCCGGCCAGACGCAACACAGAAACGCUUUUCCGUAACGGUCCGUCCGCACUAUACCGUCGCGACGCUGUACGAGGAUGUAAGGCUACAGACGGCAUACAGUGACUUCGAGCUAAAUCUAAUCGGUACCGAAACAGACGAACAGAUCCCAUUGCACGAAAGGCAGCAGGAGAAGCUUUCCGAUGUUGGCAUAAAGUUUGGAACCGUGAACAACCUACACAUCGUUCCGCGGAUCACCAAUCCACCAUACUUGCUGACCGUAGAUGAUAUGUACUCCGAUGACGACCUGGCCCUAGGUGCAUCGGCAAGUCCGGUCGAGUCCGGUAAUUACAACAUCCCCGAACCGUCGCAAAUUCAGCCACCGAUGCUGCAGCGCUUCAACAACGACCUCGAAAUUCAACAUUCUGUCAAGAGCAACAGUUUGCCCGCGAUUGCAGCACCCCCACCACCGGUUAACAGCAUGAGCGGCGGAAGCAUCAUCAGUAACGGCUUCCACCACCACCACCACCACGGUGAUGGUGGUGGCGAGGGAGGAGGCGGCGGCGGCGGCGGCGGCGUCGGACGGGGCAGAAGAAUUGGUGGCGAUGGGGGGGAGAGCGAGCGGGCGCCACACUUUCGCGGGCUCGUCAACCAGGCGAUGACCUGCUAUCUGAACAGUCUGCUGCAGGGCCUGUACAUGACGCCCGAGUUCCGCAACGCACUGUACAACUGGGAGUUUGACGGUGAGGACGAGGCCAAGUCGAUCCCGUACCAGCUGCAGAAGCUGUUCGUCAAUCUGCAAACGUCGCCGAAGUCGGCGGUCGAGACGACGGAUCUGACGCGUAGCUUCGGCUGGGAUUCGGCCGAAGGCUGGCAGCAGCACGACAUCCAGGAGCUGUGCCGUGUGAUGUUUGAUGCGCUUGAGCACAAGUUCAAGCGCACGGAACAGGCGGACCUGAUCAAUCGGCUGUACCAGGGCCACAUGAUCGAUUACGUCAAGUGUCUCGAGUGUAACACGGAGAAGCAGCGUGAGGACAAGUUCCUGGACAUACCGUUGCCGGUCCGCCCGUUCGGCAGUGCCGUUGCGAACGAGUGUGUCGAGGAUGCGCUUCAGGGCUUUGUGAAGCCAGAAAUUCUGAACGAAAGCAACCAGUACUUCUGCGACACGUGCAACAAAAAGUGCGACGCGCACAAGGGACUGAAGUUUACCAAGUUCCCGUACAUCUUGACGCUGCACCUGAAGCGGUUCGAUUUCGACUACCAAUCGUUUCAUCGAAUCAAGCUGAACGACAAGGUAACCUUUCCCGAGCUGCUAAAUUUGAACCAUUUCGUUAGCUCGACGCCCUCGUCCGAUUACAAGCUCACGACCAGCACGAUUGCUGCUGCGGCAGCUGCCGCCGCUGCCGAAUCUUCCUCCACCAAUGGGGCCGUCAAUGGUAACGGUCCGAUCAUGAUGGAGACGGCCGAAAACUUUAUGAAGUCGGACGAAUGCAGCACGACGGACAGUGGGUCGGCACUGGAGGAGGACUCCUCCUUCCAGAAUGGCGGUACUUCCGUAUCAUCGACGACUACCACACCGAAUGAUCAGUUUAUGGCGCAGGAUGACGAUGAAGGCAUCGAUAUGGAUUUGACGACCAACGGCGACAGCAAAUCGUCACCGAUGAACGGCAGCUUCAAUGCACCGGGCCCGUACAAGUAUGAGCUGUUUGCCAUCAUGAUACACGCGGGCAGCGCUUCCGGCGGUCAUUAUUACGCGUACAUCAAGGACUUCAAGAGUGGACGUUGGUUCUCGUUCAACGAUCAAACUGUUCUGCCGAUCACGCAAGAGGACAUUCACAAAUCGUACGGAGGUGGAUCGUACAAAACGUCCUACACCGGUGCGUACACGUCCAGCACGAAUGCCUACAUGCUGAUGUAUCGGCAAAUCAAUAGCGAGAAGAAUGCUCUACCGAUCUCGGAGGAACAGUUUCCCGAGCAUAUUAAGCGCUUGGUAAUGAAAAUUCGGGCCAACGAAGGCAACCACAGCCGAGACCAUCUGGACAUGACUCGAAUCACGGUGGCGUACGCAAACCCACGGACGCGUACCGUUAAAGGGCAACGGAUGGCAGUGUUUACCAGCUCGACACUGGCCGAAACGGUACAGGAAGCGAUUCGAGUGCUUCAUCUGAAGGGUACGGUACCGGUCGAACGCUGCCGGCUGGUCGGAUACGAUAGCAAUGCGCAUACGAUUGAGCGUAGCUUCGAGGGCCAUGAGGAUAAAUCGAUUGACGAAGUGAUGAGAAUGCUGAAACGCUGCGACGCCCUACUGUUGGAGGUACGGGACGAAGGUGAAACGUUCGAGGAAUACUUGGUGCAAGGCGUUAUGACCAAGGUGUACCGAGUGGACGUGAAUGCACGUGACGUGGAGGGUCCGCUGUCGAUACGAGUCAACCUGUCACAAACGGUAGCACAAUACAGGGCUGUGAUCGCGCGCAAGCUAAAGCUUAACCCGAAAACGAUACUGAUCGGCAUGACGGUGCACAAGGACAGCGCGAAGCUGCUGCAGAACGACGACGCCACGCUCGAAGACGAACACUUUAUCGAGUACUGCAAGGUGUUUGUGACGACGGCGCCGCAGCAGACGGGCGAUGAUCCCGAACAGUACUGCGCCCGGUUCCGCUCGUUCAUGCAGCGGUUGGAUCACCUGGUGUCGCUGUACCUAGUGCUGCCGAACAUGGAGCCAGACACGCUCGAGAGCCUCUCCAUUCCUCGCCUAUCCAAAGAGACGCUGGCUACGAUAGCCGGUGCGGACUACCCAACGGCGGUUGCCGGCACCGGAGACAGCAACAGCGAGGACAGCAGCCUGAGCGAUAAUGACCGCACGCUGGUGGAGGAUGACUUUGUCCACAUUAAGCUGAACGGCGAUCUGCAUUUGACCAACGGUGGCAACGGAGCAGCGUUGAGCAAUGGUGCCAAGCGCACCACCACCAACGGGGGUUUCAAGAACGAUGACGACAACGAUGAGGAAGACGAAGAUGCAAAGCUGGCGGAGAUGCUGCAAGAGUGCCGAGCGCAGGAGUACUACUUUAAGGUGACACCGCUGGACACAACGACACCGGCCGGCAGCAGUAGCAACGGUUCGUCGACCAAUGGCAACACGGCGGACGACAGCAGCAGCACACGCAGCCACAGCAACAGCACGGACAGCCAGAAGCUCGUGCAGGUGCUGAUAGACAAACGGUCGUGCAAUGCUUACCUGAAGUACCGGCUGCAGUCGCACCUGCAAAUAUCGAUGGACUACUUCAAGGUGUUUUCCUCGGACGUGCUCUGCCCCACGAACGAUAGCGCCAACCUGCUGAAGGAGCUGGAUUACAAAGAUGACGAUCGCCUUUCGCUCGAACUGGGUCGUGUACUGCGCAAGGGCGAAUACAAGCUGAACGUGAGCUACGUCAACGUGAACGAGAUGACGGAGGAGAUGGACAACACCGCGUUCCUGUGCACCACCAUCGUCAAGAACGGAGAUCUGAUCGGUCAGAUAAAGGCGGACAUACUCGCCAGCCUACCCGCCACGCUCGGCGAGGCGGCCAAGAAGUAUGCCCACCUGCACUCCAACAACUGUCGGCUGCGCCGCAAGGGCAUCAAGUAUCUGUCGACCGUGUACAAGGAUGACGAGCGUAUCGGCAAGGAGAUUACGAUGCUGUCGAGCGUUGAUGUAUUUCUGCAAGAAGUUGAUGAUCUCGCCAGCCUCACGCCGAUCGACCUGAACGAUGUGGUGCUGCUGUUGAGAAGAUGGUACCCAUCGGAGAUGAAAUUAGGCAAAUUCCAGGAAAUUCUGUUCACCGACAAGCUCGAGCUGACCAAGCAGCUGUCCCGCAUCAGCGGCAUCCCGGAGGAAAACGUUGAGUACGUGAAGAUCCCGCAGACGUCGCUGCACCGCGACAGUGUGCUAAACAUACAGAACGGUUUACAGUGGACGUCCACGCCCCAGCAUGCCGACGACUGUCAGAUCUACUGUGUCGGCACACUGCUCUACUAUCGCGAUAGCAAAGAACCGCUAAAGGAACUAACGCCGGAGGAGCGCAAAGAACUGACGAAGAAGGACGGCCGUACCAACUCGACUUACUCGCCCCGCAAGGAACGUGCGCUUAAAAUCUAUCUGGAUGCAUCGCCCAAGAAGGCCGACGACUGAUCAUCAUCACCCGCGGACGAUGGCGAAGUUGUCGUUAGCAAGAGGAAGAAAAUCUGUCCUUCCAGCAGCAGCCGCCGCCAACAGCAGCUGCACCAGUAGUGCGUGCAUGCGUGCAGAGGGGAUGAAACCACACGAGAGAAAGAGAAAGGGGGGGAGAGAGAGAGAGCGAGAGGGAGAGGGCCUAAGUGAGCGAGAGAAAAACACACCAGCUUUUCAUGUGAGUUUUCCGCCUGACGCAGAUCAGCAUUCAUUCAUUCGGCGCCAUUUACCUUAUACCCUGGUGGAUGUGUUGUUAGAGUUGGGAAAAUUUUAGUUUUUGGUGGGGCCAGUAUAUGUUUCUGUGUGUUUCUGUGUGUGUGUUUGUUCGUUGACUGGGGACAUGCGAGGGAGACUGUACUCUUUCGAGCUUCCCAGACACUACGGCACACUCAUCAUUAGACGAUCUCGACUGCAGCGGCGCGUCCCGAAUUGUGUCGUCUAACCACCACCAUCACGACGGUCAGUUACUGUUUAGAAGUAUAGGAUAGAUUUUUCUUCUUGGUUGCCCCUAUCUGUUCCCCCUUUCUCUCUCUCUUUCUCUCCCUCUCUCUUUCUCUCUGUCUCCCUCUAAUCUGUCUGUAAUUCUAAUGCGGGGGGAAGAGGUCGCCUGCCCAGCAGGAAGAACAUUUAUUAUUACUUACUUAUGUAUAGAAUGUGAAUUGGAAGCGAAAGGAAAGCAGACGGAAAGUGUGGUGGGUGGCCGCUGUAUAUGCUGGUGGAACGCGCGGGGUGACGAUUUUUCUUUUUGUUUUUCGGUAUAAAAAAAAUGCUAGCCUUAAUGGGUAUGAUUUUCAUGUGUUUGUUGUUGAUAACGGGCAUCAUUUAUCA